AUGGAGAGUGCUCAUGCAGCGGCUCGGAGUAAUUUGCAGACCUCGGUGGAAAGGAUGAAGAGACAUUACGAUUUACACACUCGAUCCCAAAGUUUGGACCAAGGACAACCUGUGUAUGUGUUAGACUUAGGGGCAACCCCAGGACGGUGCAAAAAACUGUGCCCUGUGUGGAAGGGGCCUUACCUCAUUGGGAAAAGGCUGUCUCCUACCCUGUUUGUGGUGGCAGGGCAGCGGAGAACGUUCAUGGCCCACCAUGACAGGAUGAAGUUGUGCCAGGAUCGGGUUGUGCCUCGCUGGAUGGAGAGAAGGAAGAAACGCGAGGAGGUCCCCGCUCUAGAGGGGGAGAGGGAUCUCAUUACAAAGGCAGAGGACGGGGAGGAAACAGGGUCCGUCUACUGCCACUGCUGCCAGCCGGAUGACGGGGGUUUUAUGAUUGCCUGUGAUGGCUGCGAUGGGUGGUUCCAUGGACCCUGUGUGGGGUUGACAGAGACCAUGGCUAAGGCCAUGGAUGAAUACCACUGUCCCACCUGUGGAUCAGGAGCAGUGGGGCCCUUGGGAGGUGCAGAGGCAUUUUGA